UCAUUAAAGAAGUAGGGUUUAGGCACUUUUUGAGCAACUAAAUUCCACUGUUUUUGAAAGGGUUUACAAUUUCAUGGCCUAGUGAUUAUAUCUGGGUGUCUUUUUGUUUACUAUUUUCCCUUUUAGCUCUUAAUUCUCAAGACCCAUUUCUUGUUUGAGUGAGCUUUUACUAGUGUGAAGCUCUUACAUUUUUGCAAGGAAAUGGUUUGGUUUGCUCUAAAGUCUUGAGCUUUUCACAUCACAAGUUUCUUUUGAGCCUACAUUGUUGAUGGAAGAAGAGAUCUUGGUACAUUGCUGUCUCAUUGCUCACAUUUUCAGUUUUGAGUUGAAACUGUGAAUGUUGUUUCCAUCUCCUCCGAAGGUGAAUGUUGUUGUUUCCAUCUCCUCUGAAGGUCAAUGCUGCUUGUACUGAAGAAAGGGCUUGUAGCUUUCCUCUUGCUUUUAGUGAAAUGGUUCUAGCCUCGUUGAAUUUGUGCAUUUAAGAGCUUCAGGACUCCCUGUAGUAGAGUGCAAUUACCUUGUUACUUUAAUGUAAAGGGGUUAUUACUGCAGAGAUUGAAGGAGGUUUUGGAUUCUAUUUUGUUUUUUAACCAUAAACUUUCUAAAAUUAAGUUUGUUGCAAUCAAAUCUCUGCAUUAGGGAGUGGAGACCCGCGUUUAAUUUCUUAUCUUUGAACUUGUUUGGGUUGAUAGAAUUACCAUGAAGCUCUUUAAAUUUUUAGUGUUAUCUUUAUUUUUCCUUUCUGCCAUGGGGCAGCUUCCGUCACAGGACAUUCUGGCAUUACUUGAAUUCAAGAAGGGUAUUAAGCAUGACCCUACAGGAUAUGUCCUUGAUUCAUGGAAUGAGGAGUCCAUUGAUUUCGAUGGCUGCCCUUCUUCUUGGAAUGGGAUUGUUUGUAAUGGAGGAAAUGUUGCUGGUGUUAUCCUUGAUAACUUAAGUCUCUCUGCUGAUGCAGACUUGAGUGUUUUUUCGAACCUUACGAAGCUUGUGAAACUCUCCAUGACAAACAACUCUAUCACAGGCAUCAUUCCUGACAAUAUAGGUGACUUCAAAAGUCUUGAAUUUCUGGAUGUGUCAAAUAAUCUCUUUUCUUCAAUUUUGCCGCCAGGCAUUGGUAAAUUAGGGAGCUUAAGGAAUCUUUCACUGGCUGGGAAUAACUUCUCAGGCGUUGUUCCAGAUACAAUUUCAGAGCUUGUUUCAAUCCAAUCUUUGGACUUGAGCCGCAAUUCCCUGUCUGGUUCACUCCCAACCUCAGUAGUAAAACUGGAUGAGCUGUUGUAUCUAAAUCUAUCUUCCAAUCAGUUUACCAAGAGAAUCCCAAAAGGGUUUGAGCUCAUUUCUGGUCUUCAGGUGCUUGACUUGCACGGGAAUAUGCUAGAUGGCAGCUUAGAUGGGGAGUUUUUCCUUCUUUCAAAUGCCAGCCAUGUUGACCUUAGUAGGAAUAUGCUACAGAGCUCUAGUUCGGAGAAGUCACUACCAGGCAUUUCUGAGAGUAUCAAGUAUUUAAAUCUUAGCCACAACCAACUUACUGGAUCAUUGGUUGGGGAAGCGGAGCUUCGUUUGUUUGGAAAUUUAGAGGUGUUGGAUCUAAGCUACAAUCAGCUGUCUGGAGAAUUGCCUGGAUUUAAUUUUGCAUAUGAUCUUCAGGUCCUCAAGCUCAGCAACAACAGAUUUUCAGGCUUCAUCCCUAAUGUCCUGCUGAAAGGAGAUUCUUUGCUUUUAACCGAGCUUGAUCUAAGUGGGAACAAUCUCUCAGGGCCCGUAUCCAUGAUCAUGUCUACAAAUCUGCAGAUACUCAAUCUUUCCUCAAAUGGGCUCACAGGGGAACUUCCUUUACUGACUGGAAGUUGUGCGGUACUUGAUCUAUCAAAUAACAAGUUAGAAGGAAAUUUAACCAGAAUGGUACAUUGGGGAAAUAUUGAAUACCUUGAUCUCAGCCAGAACCUUUUGACAGGGUCAAUUCCUGAGGUAACCCCUCAAUUUUUGCGUUUAAAUCAUCUCAACCUCUCACAUAAUUCCCUUAGUAGCUCUUUACCAAAAGUGAUAAUGCAGUACCCAAAGCUUAGAGUCCUCGAUCUCAGUUUCAACCAAUUAGAUGGACCUCUCUUAAAUGACCUACUAAACUUGGCUACUUUGGAAGAACUUCAUCUUGGGAAUAAUUUAAUUUCUGGUGCUAUUGAGUUCUCUCCUUCAAGUGAAUCCAACCUCCAUGCUCUUGAUCUGUCUCAUAAUCGGCUUAAUGGCUAUUUUCCCAGCCAAUUUGGGUCAUUGGCUGGACUUCAAUUGCUCAAUCUUGCAGGCAAUAACUUAUCUGGUUCCCUGCCAUCUUCCAUGGCUGACAUGAAAUCACUGAACUCAUUAGAUAUAUCCCAGAAUUAUUUUACCGGAUCUUUACCGAACAAGGUUCCUAAUGGUCUUCGAAGCUUUAAUGUUUCCUACAACAAUCUCUCUGGAGUUGUCCCAGAAAAUUUGAGGAAGUUCCCUACUUCAUCCUUCUACCCUGGAAAUGCUAAGUUGCAUUUUCCGAGUGGUCCUCCUGGAUCGAAUAAUGCCCCUGGGGAACAUUCCAGGAGGAAACCAAUCAACACAAUCGUCAAAUGGGUGAUUGUGGUGUCAUGUGUGGUUGCUCUUAUCAUUCUCAUCCUGCUUGCUAUAUUCCUACAUUACAUCUGUUUAUCAAGGAGAACUCCACCAGAGCAUGUUACAAGUAAAGAUGUUCGAAAGCGAGCACCAACAAACCCUUCUAGCAUUGCUGGUACGGAGAGUGGGGGUGCUUUGGUUGUUUCAGCGGAGGAUCUUGUGUCUUCACGGAAAGGGUCAUCUGACAUCAGUCCCAGUGAGAAAAUGGCAGCGGUGACUGGCUAUUCUCCUUCAAAGGCCACCCAUUUAUCUUGGUCGCCAGAGUCUGGAGAUUCAUUUACUGCUGAGCACCUUGCAAGACUGGAUGUAAGAUCGCCAGAUCGAUUGGUCGGUGAGCUGCAUUUUCUUGAUGAUACAGUCACAUUGACCCCUGAGGAGCUGUCAAGGGCUCCAGCAGAAGUUUUGGGAAGGAGCAGUCAUGGGACUUCUUACAGGGCAACAUUGGAUAAUGGAGUCUUCUUGACUGUGAAGUGGCUCAGAGAAGGGGUGGCAAAACAGAGAAAGGAAUUUGCUAAGGAGGCUAAAAAAUUUGCCAACAUUAGGCAUCCUAAUGUGGUGGGUUUGAGAGGGUACUAUUGGGGCCCCACUCAGCAUGAGAAGCUGAUUCUUUCAGAUUAUAUCUCACCUGGAAGUCUUGCAAGCUUUCUUUACGAUCGACCGGGAAGGAAAGGCCCACCCUUAUCCUGGGCACAGAGGCUGAAAAUAGCUGUUGAUGUUGCACGUGGCCUGAACUAUCUCCAUUUUGACCGUGCCGUUCCACAUGGUAACCUAAAGGCAACAAAUGUACUAUUAGAUGGGCCUGAUCUUAAUGCACGUAUUGCAGAUUACUGCCUACACCGCCUCAUGACCCAAGCUGGUACUGUGGAACAAAUCCUGGAUUCUGGGCUCCUGGGUUACCGUGCACCAGAGUUGGCUGACACCAAGAAACCACUGCUUUCCUUUAAGUCAGAUGUGUAUGCCUUCGGUGUGAUUCUGUUGGAACUUCUAACAGGUAAAUGUGCUGGUGAUGUAAUUCCGGGGGAAGAGGAAGGGAUAGAUUUGACAGAAUGGGUGCGGUUGAGGGUGGCAGAAGGCUGCGGCACAGAUUGUUUUGAUUCUGCCUUGGCCCAAGAGAUGGGGAAUCCAGCUGCUGAGAAGGGGAUGAAGGAGGUCCUUGGAAUAGCAUCAAGAUGCGUACGAUCUGUUUCUGAGAGGCCAGGUAUCAAGACUAUAUAUGAAGAUCUUUCUUCUAUAUAAUCCAUUUUUUUUCUCUUGUAUCUCAUAUAGCUAGAUUUAAAUAUUCAGGGCAUCUAAUCUCUCAUUGGCCUCCCUUUUGAGUCUUUUCUUUUGGCAUAUUGAACAGCUGAUUUCCAUUCAAAAUUUGUUGUAAAAAUGGAGGAACAUUAUGAAUGGAUAGAAAAGUUUCACCUAAUUGCUGGUUCUAUGAUGAUUUAUAAUGUUUCA